GGUGACUGCAGCGCGGAGGAGAAGUACAGGAUGUGGAUGAGGCACCGCUACAACGACUGCGUGCGGGGCUUGGCGGGGCUGAUGGGACACGGCGCCUUCCAGGUCAAGGAGCUGUCACUCUGCACCCUCAUGAAGUUUGUGGAGUUGGAGGCACGGUAUCCGUUGAUCAAAGUAGAGUGGAAGGGGAGUUUAACUUUCCCUCGUGAACUUCUUAAGGUAGUUGUGGAUGGCUUACUGCCCUUAAACGAGGACGCUUCACUCCUGAUCUCCCGCUUUCAAGAAUACAUGGAGUAUGAUGACAUUCGGUACUUUGUGAUAAAGGCAGUGACUGAGAGUAUUGGACAAGUCAUGCAGAAGACAAAAGAGAGGCCGCUGCCAUUUUACCAGCAGAAUGUGUUUUCCCUCAUUUCGCCCAUUAACAUGCCAAACAAAGAGAGUGACAUGGUCAAAUUUAUGGUGAAGCAAGAUAAUUGGGAGGAACUGAAAGUGUCAAAGCUGCAGGCACACAAACAGGCGUUUGAAAAAAUGUGGCUCAGUUUUCUGAAGCACAAGCUACCCACAGGCCUUUACAAAAAAGUUCUUGUCAUUCUGCAUGACUGCAUCCUGCCUUACAUGAACGAACCCACUCUCAUGAUAGACUUCUUGACAGUGGCCUAUGGCAUAGGUGGUGCAAUCAGUCUUCUAGCCUUAAAUGGAUUAUUUAUUUUGAUUCAUCAGCAUAAUCUGGAAUAUCCUGACUUUUACAAAAAGCUGUACAGUCUUUUAGACCCUUCUAUAUAUCAUGUAAAGUACCGAGCCCGCUUUUUCCAUUUGGUUGAUCUGUUUUUGUCUUCAUCCCACUUGCCAGCGUACCUGGUGGCAGCGUUCAUCAAGCGCCUCUCCCGACUGGCCUUGACUGCUCCUCCCGAGGCUCUGCUCAUGGUCCUUCCCUUCAUCUGCAAUCUCUUCCGGAGACACCCUGCCUGCAACGUGCUGGUGCACAGACCUAAUGGGCCAGAAGGUAUGUCAGAAGAUCCAUAUAUUAUGGAGGAGGAGGACCCGUCCAAAAGCAGGGCUUUGGAGAGCUGUCUCUGGGAGAUUCGGUCUCUACAAAACCACUAUCACCCAGAUGUGGCCAAGGCAGCUGCUGUCCUGAACCAGUCGCUGUCUGAAAUAGAGGAUGACAUAUCAGGGCUCCUGGAGCUCUCUGCUUACGAGCUUUUUGAUAAAGAAGUAAAGAAAAAGGCUAUUGAUGUGCCCCUGGAGUUUGAGCAAGUACGAGGUCUGUUUGGGAAGAAAAACGAUAUUUUUGCAGAGCACUUCACUUUAGAUUAAUGUGGUCUCUUAUAAACACAUCUGCACAACUGCCUGAUCUUAGGGACAUGCACAAAGCUCACCUGUUGUGCUUGGCAAUCCUGCCUUCGAAUUAUCUCCGUGUGAUGAGAGCUGGACUGCAGCCUUCUUUGGUGACCUCUGCUACUACCCAUGGAUGGACUUUCCUUUGUUUCUCAUGUUUGCAUAUUGCCGCUUGAUAUUUGGGAGGGAUUUUUCCUCAGAGCAAGGUUUUCCGGACUUGUUCAUUGCGGAGAUUCCAGCCCUUUCCUCCAAAGCUGUGGGUGCUGGCUGGGAUCGGUGACUGCAUCGACAGACCAUCUCGCUGCCAUUCGAUGGGAUUGGGGGGAAUUGUGGUCUCUGACUACUGCUCUUACUUUUCAGAUGUGUUACUUUUGUACUAGAGCUGGCAACCUCUUUGUAGCAAGUGACUUCAAUAGAUAGCUGUAAACACCUGAUGAUAUUCUAUUUUUUUAUAUAUACUUUUAAACUUAUGUCUUGAGGGAUGUUUAGCUUCCUAUGUACUUGUCUUAACACUCCCACAUUCGAGGUGGGAGCUCUGGUUUGUCAAAACCAACUCCUAGAUGAUGCUCAGUAAUUCUGUCUGUGAAGUGUUGCUGAUGUUCCUUCAUGUACAUCCAUCUCAUGCUGCAAGGUUGCGUAAUUCAAAAUGCUCACAAGUGUUGGAAAUGAGCAUAAUGCUGGUGACUGCUGUAGCUAGGGUGGCCAACUGAUGUGCAGUGGGAGGUAUGUCUAAUCCUUGAGUUUUGCUUCAGAAUGAUAAGUGGCUUGAUGUAGUUUUGCUUGCAGCCUGCAAGUGUUGUAGGAGCUCUGGCCAGUGUGUAUCCAGGUCCUGAGGAAGUUUUGACCAGUCCACUGAUACUAGGUGGUUUUCUUAAUUUGAAUUUUUCAUAUAGUUCCAGAAGUCAUGCAGAAAUUCCUUCUGAUAGGGGUUUGGGUUUGGUUCCCCCCUCCCAAGGUUUCAAGUUUGAGAAACUCCUUAUUAAGAGUUCAGAUAAACUCGGAACUUUUUUUUUUUUUUUGUAAUAAUUUUCAACAGCUUAAUGUUACCUCAUUAGACUUUAACUCUGCUUGUAUAUUUUGAAAUUGUAUUUUGUGGAGGAGAAAAAUACAGUCAAAGUGGAGGCCAAGAAGUAUAAUUUCUGGCAGACAAGUCUAAGUCAAGGAAAACUGCAGCUAUCUUGGAGACACUUUAAGUGUUAUGUUUUCUUUAUCCACUUUUCUUCAUGCUUUCCAAACAGUGGACAUGUCCUUGGAGUAUAGAGGUCUACCUCUUUUUUUUCCUGAUGCUUUUGAAUUUAGGUGGGUGGUUUUUCAGGAUUCUUUUUUUUUUUCCUUUUUUUUUAAAAGAAGUCUCUGUUGUUUUCUGGUGGAAAAGCAGUCCUGUCUCCUUCCUGGCCAGUCUGCUUUUUUAUAUUUUUCUUGAUUUCUGGUAUCUGUGGUAGGAAUGCAGAAUGGCUGAGAUGAUAACUUACAACUUGAGAGACCUCAGUUCAGGUGCACCCAGGUCUUCUAUUUCAGCUCUAAAAUGUGCCUCCCUGUGUCAUAUGGACAUUGUACGUAUGUGUUUGGUAAACAUUUUGAAGUGCUCUGAUUGCUAUAGUAAUGAGGACCACAUAGUUGCCUUUGAAAGAAGUAUCAUCUUUCAGAUUAAAUGAAUAUAUUGAAUAUUGAAACGAAUGAAUUUAUAUAUUGAAUACCUUUCUCUGCAUCUUUUUGUUUUAUUCAGGUUGGCCCAGUUACUCUGUCUGAAAUUACUGGUGGGUAAUGUCAUUCAUAUCUUUCAUAAUGGUGACAGGAGUGUUAGGAUUCUUU